GACAUGGUUCCAAGCACCAUUGCAGGGAAGAUCUUUGGAUCCAUCUGCUCUCUAAGUGGGGUGCUGGUCAUCGCCCUUCCUGUACCUGUCAUUGUUUCCAACUUCAGCCGUAUCUACCACCAGAAUCAGAGGGCAGAUAAGCGACGAGCUCAGCAGAAAGUUCGCCUGACCCGAAUACGACUGGCCAAGAGUGGCACUACCAACGCUUUUCUUCGAUACAAGCAGAGUGGAGGCCUUGGGGACAGAGAUCCUGAUGCACAUGCCUUGGCAGUGCGCAACCGAUCAGCUUUUGAACAACAGCACCACCAUCUCUUGCACUGCUUGGAAAAAACUACAAGUCAUGAGUUUACCGAUGAACACUCCUACAGUGAUUUUUGUCUGACUGAGCCCCUGGGUUACCGCACCAGCCGCAGCACCUCUCUCUCCUCUCAGCAAGGAAGCAAAGGGAUUCUAAGCACCUCCUGCUGCCCCCGCCGCAACAGGCGUCGCACCACCCGCCUCACCAACUCCACCAUGUCUGUGAGCCGCGCCAGUGCCCAAGAGCUGGAUAUGUUGAACAGCCAGAAAAGUGCUGCCCCCCAGAGCCGUUCCAACUUGAAUGCCAAAACCCAUGACAACUUGAAGCUGAACUGUGACACCACUGACUUCACAGCAGCCAUUAUCUGCAUCCCCACUCCUCCUGCCAACACACCAGAUGACAGUCAGCCUCCGUCACCUCGAGGCCCUGGUGGACCCGUGCGCAAUUCCAGCCUUUCCCCUCCGUACCUUCUUCACGAGACUGUCAAGAUCUCCUCCUUGUAA